GCUAUUAAAUACAGAGAUUAAUUUAUCCAAUAUUAAGAUUGGUUACAUCGGGAUUGUCUUAAAGAAUAGCUUCCUAGUUUACUUAGCUUACCACAACGUUCCUGAUAUUGCAUGAAAUUUAAGUCAACAUUGUGAGCAUUUAGUUGUGUCUAAAUUUGUGCGUAUGCCGACGAAGAACAAUUUCUGCAACAAACGACCCGUGUUAUUACUUAUUGACGUGCGUGUUAAAACCUGAUAGGCAGCAAAUUCUACCAAUUUCAAAGGAAUAUUCUGUAAACUCUAUCACACAAGAACAGCUUGUCCAGCUAAUGAACAAUUCCUAAUUUUACUCCGGUUAAAUAUUUUAAUCGCCACAGAGCAAUUUUAAUAAAUCCCCACUAUGAUUUUGAAGUUCCUAGUGAUGGUAGUUAUGAUCAGUUUUAGAUGUGGUUGUCAUGCGCACAACAUUCUCGUGUUUUUGCCUGCCCGACUCUGGAGUCAUUACAUGCAAGUAGAGCCCAUUUUUGAGGCCCUGGCUGUGCGCGGCCACGAUGUUACGGUUGUCAGCCCAUUUCCUCCGAAGAUUCAAAUGGAUCAUUUGCGACAUUACUAUCUCUCGACUGACCCUUUUGCGGGACCCGAAGACUUCUUCAAAUGGCUAAUGGAGGAAGCCAUCAAUAAACAAAAACAACCCCUGCGAAUUUUGGGUGGAGUCAACAUCGCAAAGACGUUGGGUGACAAAAUAAUACCGCAGGUUCUCGAAUCUCCAGUUUUUCAAGAUCUAGUUCAUGGCGAUAACAAAUUCGAUUUGAUCUUCACGGAGGCGUUCAUGUGGCAGGAGGCUCUGGUCAUUCUAGGACACCUCUUCAAAGCCCCCGUAGUGACGUACUGUCCCUUCGGUUAUUCACAAGAAAUUCUUCGGUAUAUCGGCUUGACGAAUUCCGUUGCAUAUUUGCCACUAAAAGAUCUUCCAUAUGCAGGUCAAAUGAGCACUUUACAGAGAAUGGAAAAUGCGCUGUAUAUUUAUGCAAAGAUGCUUUACGACGAAUAUUGGUACUACCCGCAGCAUGAUGCCCUGCUGGCCAGGUAUAUUCCAGGUCCUCUUCCUCGCAUUACGGAUAUGCUCCGGAAUAUCUCGCUGUUUUUUCUGACCGGCAACACAGCUUUGGACGGGGCUAAAUUGUAUCCUCCGCAUGUUGUUGAGCUAUCAGGCGUACACCUCAAAGAACCUACGCCCUUAGACAAGGAAUUGAAAAGUAUGAUGGACAAAGCGGCAAAGGGAGUGGUUUACUUUUCUUUUGGAUCGGUCUUGAAAGCGAGUGGCCUUCGUAAGAGGACCGUCCAGGCAUUUUUAUCCGUAUUCAAAGAGUUGGACCAGAUAGUACUAUGGAAAGCAGAUACCAAUUACACUGAUUCUGACAUACCAAAUAAUGUUCAUAUAAGGGAUCGGUUCGACCAGAUAAACAUCCUGGCGCAUCCAAAUUGCGUUCUUUUCAUAACCCACGGAGGGGUGUCGAGCACGAUGGAGGCAAUACGCUACGCUAUUCCAAUUAUAGGAGUGCCCUUUUUCGCAGAUCAAGACAAUAAUAUAGCUAACGCACAGCAUUUUGGAUACGGCCUGCAUCUGUCGUACUCAAAUAUAACAGAAGAAUCACUGCAUUGGGCGAUUCAGACAGUUUUGAGGGAUCCCAGGUUCAAGAAAAACAUAAGCAGGGCCUCAAGAAUCUUUACAGACAAACCAAUGUCAUCUUUAGACACCGCUAUCUAUUGGAUAGAAUACGUUAUACGGCAUAACGGUGCCCAUCACCUUAAACCCCUGGCAGUUUACAUACCGUGGUAUCAGUUAUUCUUAAUCGACGUUAUUGUAAUAUAUUCCGCCAUGUUUUGCAUGGUGUUGUACAUUUUUGUGAAACUAUUCUCAUUAAUAUUCAGGAAACUUUUCCUAGCACCUAAAUUAUUGAAAGAGAAAAUAAACUAG